AUAUAUUACUAUGGGACACCAUGACCCAAACACGGAAAUGAAUCUAGUUUCCACAUUUAAUGCAGAAAGCACUCAGUAAAAGCGCCAGAAAAUGAACAUUUACAGUCGGAGUUAAAAUGCUGAACAUUGAAGCCCAUUUGAGGUUAAUGUGGAGACAUGGAAAAGAUUCGAGAGCGCUUCAAACAGAACAAAUCCUCAUGUGAAUCAGUGAGACUGAGGAAGAGGAGCUCCAUUCUGUACAGCACAGAUGACAGGAGACCUCAAACACUUGAAUUCUUUGGCAUCAGUGUCUCAGUUUUCACUGUCAUAUUCCGCCUGCUCAACUGCCUCCUUGUUCAGACCAGCUUCGUCCCAGAUGAGUACUGGCAGUCCCUUGAGAUUUCCCAUCGAAUGGUCUUCAGUUAUGGCUACGAGACCUGGGAAUGGAAGGAAGGCAUCCGAGGAUACUCUUAUCCUCUCCUGUUCGCUCUGAUGUAUAAACUCUUGGAUCUGAUGAAUUAUGACACAGCGUAUCUAUUGGUGUUUUUGCCACGUGUUUUCCAGGCGCUGCUGGCUGCAUAUGCCGACGUGAAGCUGUACCACCUCGUCCUGCAGUGGGAAACCCCAGAUGUAGCCAAAUGGACGUGUUUCUGUCAGCUGUGUUCAUGGUUCACCUGGUACUGCUGCAGUCGGACUCUGACCAACACCAUGGAAACGGUUCUGACCACCCUGGCACUUUGCUUUUACCCGUUACCCGGCUCCAAAAUGCACAACAGCUGGAAGUAUUUGUGUCUGGUGUCCUUGGCCGUAGUCAUCCGUCCCACAGCUCUGAUCGUCUGGCUUCCUCUGCUGUUCUAUCAUUUCUGUGGGGAACAGAACAAGCUGAAGCUCAUCACACAGCAAUGCAUUCCCAUUGCGGCUCUUGCACUGGCCGUCUCGACACUGAUAGACUCUGUGUUCUAUGGAAAGUGGAUCUUUGUCCAGUGGAACUUCCUGAAGUUUAAUGUGCUGCACAAUGUGGCGGAGUUUUAUGGAGCUCAUCCGUGGCACUGGUACUUCACUCAGGGUCUGCUGGUCGUGAUCGGACCUCACUUACCGUUCUUCAUGCACGGAUGUUCACUGGCCACCAAAAAGCACAGAAUCCUGUUAAUAACCAUCUUAUGGACUACAGCCAUUUACAGUUUGCUCUCACACAAGGAGUUCCGGUUUAUUUAUCCAGUGUUGCCAUUCUGUAUGAUAUUUUGCGGUAUAUCUUUAGCGAAGCUACAAGCGUGGAGGAAAACUGCUGCUGGUGCACUGCUGGUGCUCAAUCUGUUUCCUGCCUUAUAUACUGGUUUAAUUCACCAGCGUGGAAAUCUGGAUGUCAUGCAUGACCUGCAACGACUGUGUGACAUCAGCGACUCGCAGAACUCAACUGAGCUGCUGUUCCUCAUGCCGUGUCACUCCACACCACUGUACAGUCACCUGCAUUGUCCCCUCAAACUGCGUUUCCUGGAGUGUCCACCUGAUCUUACAGCAAAUGAGGAGUAUGUGGAUGAAGCAGCCGUGUUCUUCUCCAACCCUCUUCACUGGCUCAGAACAUCCUUUCCAUCUCAGUCGACGUUACCAUCACAUAUAGUGCUGUUUGACUUCCUGGAGAAGGAGAUUGCAGCAUUCCUGGAAGAAAACAGAUUUACCAAACAAGCUGAAAUAUUCCACACUCACUUUCCUGAAGGUCGAGUGGGAAAAAACAUACUAAUAUACACCAGAGGAUCUGGACUGAAGAUUGAUUCAUUUUUAUAGUUUGAAGAUGUACAACCGAUUGCAAACUUAUAUAAAGACUUGCUUUUGUUUUGUUA